CUAUUAGUCUUUGUUUACUACUCGUGCUGUUCGUUUCGACCAGGAAAAGUGUAAUCAAUUUGGAGAUAAACACAAUCACAAAUUUAUUUUAUUGAGCAAGUACAACAAGUAAAUUGAGAGAAAGAAUUGAAAAAUGUCGUUACCUGACUUUAUGACCGAUCCUAAUGCUGUUCUUAAUGACAAAGAUCAUGAGUGGCGCUACAAGGUGGUUCCCGAUUACUCGAAAGCUAAUGCUCUUUAUGAAGAAGAAAAGACCGUUGAACACGAAGAAGGUUCACUAGAAUGGCUUGUAUCCAAUUUGGUUAAGAAUUGGGAGAAGGAAAUGUCCCAUAAAGUUCGUGCUGAUCAAAUUAGAACAAUCAAUAAGGAUAAAUAUCGUUUUUCAUGCAAUGGAAAGGAAUGGAAAAACAUCGAUCAAAUGCUGGAGUUGGGAACCUACAACGCAUUGAUUGGCGAUAGAGAUUCAUACAAAGCUAGUGAAUUAGAUUUCAAUGAUUCUCAUAAGCUCUUCAAGAGAGCUCUUCGUGUAUUCUCAUGGGAAUGUAUCAAGGUUUACAGUGGACCACCUGUUGUUGCAUUCAAAUGGAGGCACUGGGGACUCAACAAUGGAGACGUUACCCUAGAAACCAAGAGCGGCACCAAAUACGAAUCAGUUGCAUCAAACAAAGUUCUUGAACUUUACGGUGUUUCUGUUGCUAAAGUCAAUGAUAAAUUCCAAAUUGAGGAUCUUGAAGUAUUUUAUGAUCCAUCAGAUUCCGUUGAUCCAUUGUUCAAAAAAGCUGGAGGAUGUCCAAUGAAAUAAAAUCCUCAAUUUUUGAAUAUGCUUAAAAAUGUAUUAAUCAUGUUGAAAACUAUUAAAAAAUUCUUAAUACUCAAUUAAAAUUAAAAAUAUUUGUUUAAUUUAUAGCUAUAGACUUAUAACAUUUCAGUCGCAUUUUGGAUCAUUCCCUGAUUAAUUCCACGUGUCUUUGAUUGUAGUAGUAUGACUCAGCACAUUCCACUUUAUUUAUUCUGCUUUGACAUCGGCAUCUUUCAAUAUUUUGAUUUUACAUUGCCCCUCUU